GUAGAAAACAAAGUGCUGAGGCAGGGUUUCAGGGAUUAAGCACAAAAUAGUACAAAUAGACGUUUUCUUUAUAUUACUUUUUAUAGCAAUCUUUUCUUGUACUUAGGGUGAAACUGAGUAGAAGAACCUUUUAAAAAGAGUCAAGAAUUCUAGAAUCACCACAGUAGAAAGGUGAUUUCACUAUUAUAUUUUAAAUAUUUGUUUAUAGUUAAAAAUUAAACACUGGUAUCUAAGAGAGGAUUUGAGACCAAAAAUCUGUUCUGGAUGUGCAGUUUUUCUUCAUCAUGACACAAGGAUCAGUUCUUUUGUUUAUAUUAUACUUGUCACGUCAUGUUUUUGCACAAGGGCAAAACAGUUACUUGAUAGAGGAAUGUUUGGAGAACAAUUACACAGAGCAAUCUUGUGAAAAGGUUUUUUGUCAGCCUUGGCAGACGUGUAUAGAAGGAACUUGUCACUGUAAAAUACCUUACCAGUGCCCCAGAAAUGGCACUUCAGUUUGUUCCACUGUCAGAAGGAGCUUCCAAACUUAUUGUCAGCUAAAAAGUUAUGAAUGUCGCCAAAGAUCGAGCAAAUUUUUGAGCAGAGGCUUGUGUAACCGUGAAGCUCGCUUUAAUGUUCUCUUCAGUCAUGAAAAUGCAAGCUCGGAAGGAAUUAUUCAAAUUGAACUGAGCAACUCAGAGAAAUCAUUCUUAUGUGAGAAAGGAUUAACCAUCCAUGAAGCAAACGUGAUCUGCAGACAUCUUGGUUUUGCUGAAGGAGCUGAUGGCAAAGAAUCUGUUGAGGCAGAUGAAGACCAGAAUUCACAUGAAUGCCUUAAAGCAACUUGCAGAGGGACAGAGACGAGUCUAGCUGAGUGUGAUUUAAAGAAAAUACGUUUGACCACUGGGAAGUUGGCUAAGGUGAUAUGCCAUACAGAACAAAGAGACUGUAGCCCCAGAGAAUUCCACUGUGUCAAUGGGAAAUGUAUCUCUUCAACUAAAACAUGUGAUGGACUUAAUGACUGUGGUGAUUUAAGUGAUGAAUUAUGUUGCAAAGCCUGCAAAAGGAAACAUUUCCAUUGUAACUCAGAUGUGUGUAUUCCAAGCAGCUCUGUAUGUAAUAAUGAAUUGGACUGCCUAACAGGAGAAGAUGAACUCAAUUGUAAUAAAACUGGAAGAAGAAAAAAAGGAGACUCAAAUCAAGUUAUAGAGUCCAUGGAUGAAGAAAGAAAAAGGACAAAGACUUUAUUGCCUGUAAUAUCCUGUGGCAUUACAAAUCACACAGUUACUCGUCAGAAGAGAAUCAUUGGUGGAUUUACUGCAAAACCGCAUGACUUUCCCUGGCAAGUGGCCAUUAGAGGCGAAGGGCAAACAAUGAACUGUGGUGGGGUGUACAUUGGAGGCUGUUGGAUUUUGACCGCUGCACACUGCGUUCGGAGGAGCCGUCUCCAUGUUUAUAAGAUUUGGACUGGGUUAGUAGACUCAAUAAAGUUCAAUACCAGGGUAGAAACAUUUUCUUUAAAGGACAUGAUAAUACAUGAGGACUAUAAUUCCAAAACAUAUCAAAACGAUAUUGCUUUACUGGAGAUGAAAACGAAAAAUGAGGGGACUCCAUGUUCUCCACCUGAUACCGUGCCAGUAUGCAUUCCCUGGUCACAAUAUAUGUUCGGAGAUGGUCAUCGGUGUAAAGUUUCUGGCUGGGGACUUGAUGAAGAAUCCACAAGACAAUAUAUUCUUAAAUGGGGUUAUGUUACUUUAAUGGGUAACUGUUCAGAAAUCUACAAGAAUCGGUAUUUCAAAGGAAUGGAAUGUGCCGGUACUGAUGAUGGUUCUGUAGAUGCCUGUAAAGGUGAUUCAGGAGGACCUUUGGUUUGUUUUGACCGUAACAAUGUGGGAUAUCUUUGGGGUGUUGUGAGCUGGGGUGAAAACUGUGGUGAAAAGGGACAUCCUGGUGUUUAUACAAAAGUGGCACUCUAUUUUGAUUGGAUUGCUCAGCAUACUGGAAUAGCUCUCAUUUCCAAAUAUAAUUUGUGAUUGUUAGAAUGCAGAUAUUUCCCCCUUUUACCUGCAUUAACGAAACAAAGAUCAACUAGAAAAUUGGUGAUUCUGUUCAACAUAUACUGUAUUAAGUAUUUGAAGGUCAACUAAUUUAAUUGAGCAAUAACAAUAGUUUCUAUACAAUUUGAAAUUUUGUUUUGUUUUAUUGUUUGUGCCUUUGAGUCAGUCUUCUCCUGUCAGCUGCCUGAUCCCUGCAAUUUUGGUAAGAUUUCAGAAAUGGUUUGCCAUUGCUUCCUUCCUAGAGGCUGAAGCAGAGUUGACUGGUCCCAGGUCAGCCAGAUGGCUUUGUGUCUAAGGCAGUUUCGAGCCUGAUGUUUUAAUCACUAUACUAAAUUGGAAAUGGUAGAAUUAUUUGAAACGUCUUUCUAAGUAGAUAUAUAUAAAAGUAUAUUUUAAGUCUGUGAAAAUCUCUAAUACUUAAAAGCAUAUUUCAAUAUGGAUUAUGCCCUAGAAGAAGAGCUCUAGUGACUUAUAAAAUUUUACAUUUAUGGCUUUAAAACCUUGCUGCUUUUUAGAAACAUCUGCUCUGUUUUGAUAUAUUCACUUUGUAUAUUCAAAUAAAAAAUGAUGCAUGCAACAAGCAA